UUAUCUUUGUUGGGCUUUUUAAUUAUGUUAUGAAAAAUUUAAUAAAAAAAUCAAAUUCGCAAAUAUGUAUUAUUAAAAAGAGGCAAAUUAAACUGAAAAUCAUUAAAAGAAUUUUUAAAGCAAAUUAAAAAAUCUACGAUGGACGUUGAAGUAAAAAUAAAAGAAGAUAUGAAAAAAUUGGGAUGCAAGUGUGAUAAGAAAAUAGCGUUGGCCUAUCAUUUAUAUAUAUAUUUAGUCGAUGAAAAGCUUAUGUAUGACACAGAAUACUGUUAUAACAAAGAUAUAGAUACACUUUAUGUCGUCGCGAGAUCAAUUAAAAAUGAAAAACUAAACAUUUAUGUGCCAGUACCGACAAGUGUGGACGUAUCUAUUGAUACAAUAAGUGUACUACAAGAGAAUUUGUGUACUGUAGAAACUGGAGCAAGUGUAAACUUAGCAUUCAUAGAAAGCGAUUGUUCCACAGUGAUCUAUACAUUUACUAAAGGUAUCGCUGAACGGCCAUCUGCUGAGAAAUCAUCACAACUUAGACAGAAAUUGGAAAGAAGAAUGUUCAUUAAUGGUGAAUUAAAAGAAAAUAGAAGUAAGAUUUUAAAUGAUGCUCUCAAUGGUGGCUUUGUUGAUGACGAUGACUGUCAAGUUUUAGAUUAAUAUCUUGAAUUGACACAUUGUAUGGUUUGAAUGUUCUAAUGACUUUCUGAUAUGUCUUUCAAUGAUUGAUCUUAGAUCAGUAAAUAAAAAAAAUACUUACAAGUAAUUAUUUCACUAGUAAAUUUCAAGUUUGUAAGGAUUAAACUACAAAUAAGAAUAGUUGCGACAUCCAUAAAUAUGUCAAGUCUUUGAAUUAUUAUAUUUUAGCUUCUAAAAUAAUAUUAAACUUUUAAAAUUUACACUUUUAAGUAUUACAGUAAGAAAAUGAAUUAAUGCUUUUACACUUCUAUUUCCUGUUUAUCAAUUUAUAUGUGGUUCUUUCCCUGUAACCUGUUAAAUUUCAUGUAAAAUCUGUCCUGAACAUUAUUUUAUUAAAAUGUAUCUAACUGGAAAUUAAGUGAAAGUUUUGCAUGAUGUGACAAAGGGCUCUAAGAUUUCUCUAGUAUAUAAUAAUUUAUCAUGAAAUAUGAACUAUUGUAUUCUAUUAUUUGUUAAAUAUAACCAAAACAAAAUACAGUUAAAAUAUUGAAAAUGUUAUUUGUAUUUUAUGAACUCAAGACUAUAAGAACCUUUUCAAUUUAAUAGAAUUAUUUCAGUC